AUGACCGACUGUGUCCAUAGCAACGAGCUACCUCAUACCCAAAAGCCCAAUGCCAUCGAUUCGCCUGUUUACGAGAAGCCCAAUGUAUACGAUGACGAUGAGCACACCCGCGUCAUUUACGAUCGACCCCAUGAGAAAGAUGACCAAGACUAUUCCAGGGGGAGUGGCAACGGUAUCAAUACGGUGGUAGCUUUCAAGGAAGGUGAUCAUAAACGACCUGUCAGCCCAGAUAACGAUGACGACGACUACCAAAUACCAAAUGAAACCAGCCCACGCCAUUCAACAGGGAGCAGCAAUAGCAUGGAGAGCUUUGUUACAGCAUCCGUAUUAAGCCAAGCACCAUCGGCAACUACAGAAAUCACAGUGAAUGAGGAGCUUGCUCAGCAUGUGGCUUUCAUGUCAUUACGACAUCAUUCUUAUACCCCAAGUUUAUCCAACAUCAGCCCAAGCACAUCUACCAGCAGUCGUGAUAGUAGUCGACAGCAUUUGAUCCUACACGCGCUUGACAGUGCCUAUGACACCAAAAAACAGCAACGUAGGAAGAGUAGAUCGGAUGUCAUUGUUUAUGACUUUGCAAAGAAAUCGCUUACAAAACCCCAAAUCCAUGAGAUCAAGGAUCGAUCCAAGAAUGUGGUCUACCGCAAGGAACAAGAACAUUCGUAUUCAUGGGGAUUUCAGAAUGUAUUGUACAAUGAGGAGAAUACCAAAGUGGCACAAGCAUUUCGCAAAGCUUUCCACAAGGACAUCAUUGUCGAAUGCACCAACGACACGCAACAAACACCUUUGGUCAAUCGAACAAAAUCACAUUUGCUCUUUGUGUAUGAAACGCAAUUCGAUGGACUUUGGAUACGAUGGAAACGACCAAGCUUGCUGUCACAUGACUUGACGUGUGAAGUGGCUGCCAUUGAAGAAACACAACCUGGUGAAGAGAGACGUCGUCGUCAUUGGAAGCUUCUUGCAGAAUUUGAUAGUCAUCGGAUGGGAUACCUGAAACAAUUGGGGCGUUUGGUUAUUGAUCGUACUGGCUUGGAGCUUUUCGAGAAUACCGAAGCACUCACCAUGCACCUAGUGAUUACUUGCAGCACCCUCGUGGACCUCAUGCGAGAAGUGGUUGAGAAGGCAGUUGGUCUUGGCGAUGGUGGUGUGGCUGGCAGCGAUUAG